AUGCCCAACAGACUCGCUCAAGUUCUAAAUUACUUGCUGAAUGCACUCAACACGAAAGUUCCUUCGUCGUUAAAGACCGCAAAGUGGUCGAUCCAGUCAAAACAUUUGAUAAUCUUCGAGCUAUCCCAGGACCAUCUUAAAGAUACGGUCGUGUCUCAGGAUGGCAUUGUUUUAAAAUACUCCUUCGUAGCCCUUUUAUUUUGGAGCUCACAUCCUCCGAUUGCCGUGGCAACCACUGUUAACCUCAACGAUGUGGACGUGGCGAAGGCAACAUGGGGAGCUAUCUGGAGCAGAUAUCAUAUGUGGUUGCACACAUGCGGCGGAUGCCCCACUGUCGCCGUCGCGAGUGGAUUGUAUGCCAGCCUCCAUGUAAAUGAUUCAAGCCUUGUUAACGUUCUUGCAUUACGCGCAUCCGGUUACCCAGUGAAAGGUUGGGUUGCCACAUACGAGAUUGGAGCCAAUGUUGCCGCUGUCACCAGCGUGGUUGCUUGCGGCAUCCAUUUCUAUGCAUACUAUACGACCAAGGAAUUUACAGGCGCUGUAUCGUGGAUGGGUGACGCUGUCUGGCCUUGCUUCCGUACACGAUUAUGA